UUCACUUACAGAUAACAAAGGAAUAAAGAAGAGUCAAGUCUCUGAAUUGCAAUUAAACACCCGUAUCAUUUUUGACAUGGAGGAGAAAGCGUCUAAAUGCCAGGAGUGUGGAAAGAGCUUCACACAGAGGCAUGAUCUGCAGCAACAUGUAAAGACUCACACUGGGAAGAAACCCUAUAAAUGCCUGGAGUGUGGACAGAGCUUCACUCAGAGUUCAAAUCUACAUUCACAUGAAAGGACUCACACUGGGGAGAAACCCUAUUCCUGCCUGGAGUGUGGACAGAGCUUCACUCAGAGUUCAAAUCUGCGUAUACAUCAAAGGAUUCACACUGGGGAGAAACCCUAUUCCUGCCUGGAAUGUGGAAAGAGCUUCACUCGGAGGCAGAGUCUGCAGCAACAUGUAAAGACUCACACUGGGGAGAAACCCUAUUCCUGCCUGGAGUGUGGACAGAGCUUUGCUGAUAGUUUAAGUCUACGUAGACAUCAAAGGGUUCACACUGGGGAGAAACCCUAUAAAUGCCUAGAAUGUGGACAGAGCUUUGCUCAGAUUUCAGGUCUACGUUCACAUGAAAGGACUCACACUGGGGAGAAACCCUAUUCCUGCCUGGAGUGUGGACAGAGCUUUGCUCGUCGUUCACAUCUACAUUCACAUGAAAGGACUCACACUGGGGAGAAACCCUUUUCCUGCCUGGAGUGUGGACAGAGCUUUGCUCGUCGUUCACAUCUACAUUCACAUCAAAGGAUUCACACUGGGGAGAAACCCUAUAAAUGCUUGGAAUGUGGACAUAGCUUUGUUGAUAGUUCAAGUCUACGUAGGCAUCAAAGAGGUCACACUGGGGAGGAACCUUAUAAAUGCCUGGAAUGUGGUCACAGCUUCACUCAGAGUUCAAAUCUACGUACACAUCAAAGGAUUCACACUGGGGAGAAACCCUAUAAAUGCCAGGAAUGUGGACAAAGCUUUGCUAAUAUGUCAGGUUUACUUUUACAUGAAAGGACACACACUGGGGAGAAACCCUAUACAUGCCUCGAAUGUGGACAGAGGUACACUCAUAAUUCAAGUCUACGUAAACAUCAAAGGAUUCACACUGGAGAGAAACCCUAUACAUGCCUUGAGUGUGGACAGAGUUUCACUCAGAGUUCUCAUCUAAAUAAACAUGAAAGGACCCACACUGGGGGGAAAACCUUAUGAAUGCUUGGAGUGUGGACAGAACUUCACUCAGAGUAGACCACUACGUUCACAUGAAAGCACUCACACUGGGGAUUUUUUUUUUUUUUU